AUGUUAAAAAGUGAGAAGCGAGGAAGAGCACGAGAGCGAGGCAACACUCGAGUCCCACCCACCCCUUUCCGAUGGAGGGGGAGGUCGCGCUGCGCACCGCUUUUUGUGCGGGAUUACCCGGACCUGGUCCUGGACAGCUGGAGAUUGCAUCCCCGAGGUGCUGACCACAGCGGGCUGGGCUCCGUGCUCGGGGACCCCGGGACCUCCCCGGCUUCGAUUCCAGUGUCCCCACCCGCUCGGCAUCCCCCUCCCCGGCGCUGCGGCUGGCGCGCGCCCCGCCUGACGCUGCAGCUGGGCCGGCGACUCGCCAUUGGAUUAAAAAUAGCAGCUCCCGCCCGCUCUCCCGCCAGCCCGGGCAAGGGCCGUAGCUCCCCAGCUGGAGCCGAGCCUCUGCCGGAGCGGAUCUCCAGCCCGCACGACAGCAGCUCCCCGGUCCCGCUCUUCCGCUGCGCUGCGCUCCUUCCCAGGCCCGCUGCGCUCCGCGGCCAUGCAGCGCCGGGGCGCCCUGUUCAGCGUGCCUAGCGGCGGCAGGAAGAUGGCUGCAGGGGACCUGGGAGAGCUGCUGGUACCGCACAUGCCCACGAUCCGCGUGCCCAGGUCGGGGGACCGUGUCUACAAGAACGAGUGCGCCUUCUCCUACGACUCCCCGAACUCUGAAGGUGGACUCUAUGUAUGCAUGAAUACGUUUUUGGCCUUUGGAAGGGAACACGUUGAAAGACAUUUUCGAAAAACUGGACAGAGCGUAUAUAUGCACCUGAAAAGGCACAUGCGAGAGAAGGUAAGAGCAGCAUCUGCUGGAGCACUACCCAAAAGGAGGAAUUCCAAGUUAUUUUUAGAUCUGGAUAUGGAUGAUGACUUAAAUAGUGACGAUUAUGAAUAUGAAGACGAAGCCAAACUUGUUAUAUUCCCAGACCACUAUGAAAUAGCCCUUCCAAACAUCGAGGAGUUGCCAGCCCUGGUAACGAUCGCCUGUGAUGCAGUGCUCAGCUCGAAGUCGCCAUACAGGAAGCAGGACCCCGACACGUGGGAAAAUGAACUGCCGGUAUCGAAGUAUGCCAACAACCUCGCCCAGCUGGACAACGGGGUCAGGGUUCCUCCCAGUGGCUGGAAGUGUGCCCGAUGCGACCUGCGGGAAAACCUCUGGCUGAAUCUGACCGACGGCUCUGUUCUGUGUGGGAAGUGGUUUUUCGACAGCGCAGGGGGCAAUGGCCACGCUCUGGAACAUUUCAGAGACAUGGGCUAUCCUCUGGCCGUGAAGCUGGGCACCAUCACACCUGAUGGGGCAGAUGUUUAUUCUUUUCAAGAAGAGGGACCUGUUUUGGAUCCUCAUUUGGCCAAACACUUAGCACACUUCGGGAUUGACAUGCUUCAUACGAAUGGGACAGAGAAUGGACUCCGGGACAAUGACAUCAAGCCAAGAGUCAGCGAGUGGGAAGUGAUCCAAGAGUCAGGGACUAAGCUGAAGCCCAUGUAUGGACCAGGGUACACGGGCCUGAAGAACCUGGGCAACAGUUGCUACCUCAGUUCUGUCAUGCAGGCCAUCUUCAGCAUCCCAGAGUUCCAGAGAGCGUAUGUGGGAAACCUCCCAAGGAUAUUUGACUACUCGCCGUUAGAUCCAACCCAGGACUUCAACACACAGAUGACUAAGUUGGGGCACGGCCUCCUCUCUGGCCAGUACUCAAAGCCUCCAGUGAAGUCUGAGCUCAUUGAACAAGUGAUGAAGGAGGAACACAAGCCUCAACAGAACGGGAUCUCCCCACGCAUGUUCAAGGCCUUUGUCAGCAAGAGCCAUCCAGAAUUUUCCUCUAACAGACAGCAGGAUGCCCAGGAGUUUUUCUUGCACCUGGUCAAUCUGGUAGAGAGGAAUCGCAUUGGCUCAGAAAACCCAAGUGACGUUUUCCGGUUUUUGGUGGAAGAGCGCAUCCAGUGCUGUCAGACCCGCAAGGUCCGCUAUACGGAGAGGGUGGACUACCUGAUGCAGUUACCUGUAGCCAUGGAGGCAGCAACCAACAAAGAUGAGCUGAUCGCCUAUGAGUUGAUGAGAAGAGAAGCCGAAGCAAACCGAAGACCCCUUCCCGAGCUGGUGCGAGCCAAGAUCCCCUUCAGUGCCUGCCUUCAGGCCUUUGCCGAACCAGACAAUGUGGAGGACUUCUGGAGCAGUGCCCUGCAGGCGAAGUCUGCAGGGGUGAAAACAUCUCGCUUUGCCUCAUUCCCUGAAUACUUGGUAGUGCAGAUAAAGAAGUUCACUUUUGGUCUUGACUGGGUUCCCAGAAAAUUUGAUGUUUCUAUUGAUAUGCCAGACCUACUAGAUAUCAGCCACCUCAGAGCCAGGGGCUUACAGCCAGGAGAAGAGGAACUUCCAGACAUCAGUCCCCCUAUAGUCAUUCCUGAUGACUCAAAAGAUCGCCUGAUGAACCAGUUGAUAGACCCCUCAGACAUUGACGAAUCCUCCGUGAUGCAGCUGGCCGAGAUGGGCUUCCCUUUGGAAGCCUGCCGCAAGGCCGUGUACUUCACUGGAAACACGGGAGCCGAGGUGGCCUUCAACUGGAUUAUUAUGCACAUGGAGGAACCUGAUUUUGCUGAACCACUGUCCAUCCCUGGGUAUGGAGGGGCUGGAGCCUCUGUAUUUGGUGCUACUGGACUGGACAACCAACCUCCUGAGGAAAUUGUAGCUAUCAUCACGUCCAUGGGAUUUCAGCGCAAUCAGGCCGUGCAGGCCCUACGAGCCACGAAUCAUAACCUGGAAAGGGCGCUGGACUGGAUCUUCAGCCACCCCGAGUUUGAAGAGGACAGUGACUUUGUGAUUGAGAUGGAGAACAACGCCAAUGCCAACAUCGUGUCUGAGGCCAAGCCUGAAGGGCCCAGAGUCAAGGAUGGAUCUGGAAUGUACGAGUUAUUUGCCUUCAUCAGUCACAUGGGAACAUCUACAAUGUGUGGCCAUUAUGUUUGCCAUAUCAAAAAGGAGGGACGGUGGGUGAUCUACAACGACCACAAAGUUUGUGCCUCAGAACGGCCCCCCAAAGACCUGGGAUAUAUGUACUUUUACCGUAGGAUACCAAGCUAAACCUCACAAGAGCUGGCGACAAGAAGCCAUACACCUUUUUAAUUUGCCAAAAAAAGAAAAAAAGAAAAAGAAAAAAGAAAAAAGAAAAGGAAAGGAAAAAAGUCAGGACAGCCGGAUGCAGGGGACUUCAUGGCUACUUACUGCGUCUUUCAAGAGCGUGGUCACUCCACUCGACACCCUCUGGAGAAGAACUGGGAAGAAGUUUCUGUUGGUGGCAAUCCUCUGUUGUAGCGACUUUUGUCACUGUUCAGGGAGUAGGUGAUGGAAACAAAGACACCGGCCACCGGCACAUCAGAUACGGAGUGUCCUUCCCUCUUUUCUACUUUGGGGGUCAGUGGUGGGGCCUCACCUUCCGUGAAAAAAAAAAUGCCCCCAAACAGGAAAUCAAAACCUGGGCUGGUUUUUAUUUGUGGCAUCAUGUUUUCAUUUCCCACAACAAUUUCUGACCCAGCUAUGUGUACUAGGACAUCUGCAAUGGAAGCUAUUUUUAAUUUAAAUCAUAUCAGACUUAAUAGUACACUGUAUGAGUGUGUGUGAGAAUGUGUGUGUGUGACCUUUGUAGUUCACCAGAACUCUGAUGGUUGUUGUUCAAAGGCUGAACAGUUGCUCUUAGGUGUAUUUGGAAAAGGCAGGCAAACAUUUUAACAAACCAAUAACUCAGGAACAGUUGUUAAAGAUUAGUUCCCCACUUGGGUUUUAGGAGUACAAAGGGCUGUGUUGUGGCCUCUCAGUGCUGUCUGGCAUCCAUGUGUGUCUGUGCCUCUUGACAUCCAUGUCAGGUGUCCACGUCUUGUUCUGUUGAGCUCUGUCAAAGGCAGACGGCUUCUCUUCCUCAGCAGUGUGCUCCCUCAAAGUUCUGAGUUCAUCUGUAGUGAGCUAACUGGUCCCUUAAGCUUACUCCUGGGUCGUGUCAAAUGCCCUUGGUUUGUCUGCUUUUCUGGUCUCUGAACUUUCUUAUAUUUUCCCUUCUCUUUUCCUCUGGGGCCAGUCUCUGCCCUUGCUGCCUAUCUGCUGUGACCCACAGUGUGACCAUGGGCACUUUAAAGAUGUGAGCUGCAGAGACGCUCUUGUAACAUCUGGACAGCUGUCCUUUCAACCCGGUCAUUUCCAGGUCUUAGCUGCAGCCCGAGAGCAGAGCGGAGCUCUGGGUGUGCCCUGGAGAGGACUGAGCUCGUGGUCAUUUGCUUUCUGCUUUUCACCGAAUCCUGGUCUCUGGAGUUUCUAGUUCAGACUAGUCGAUCAAGGGACAAACGACUUUUCUCUGCCUGUUUCAUAUGGACUUGUUUGAUCUUUCUAGAAACUGCAGAAAAGAAGUAGAACCGACUGGGCUGAGUACAGCAGAGGCACAGGGUUAACGUGUGAUGAGUUUGAACAGCCAGGGUUCUGGUAAGCCGGGGCCCUGUCUCAAGGAAGGUCAUGUGUACUGUAAGCCUGGGAUGUGAAGCUGGGGCCAGAGGCCUGGAAUCCUGGGUACUGCCUCAACUGGCUAUGGGCCUUGGCAAAUCCUCCCUUUUAUGUGUGCCUCAUUCUCCUCAUCUGCACGGUGGUGAGGCAACAUACUCCUCUUUCUAGCAGGCUUUGAUCAGGAACCUUCCCAGAGAGCAGAAGGCAGAACAUGGUAGGCUCCGGGAGAGCUCACAGCCUGCCUUCUGGACUUAGCUGAUGCGGUUUCCAUCUGGGAUCAAAUGACGUGGCAGAAGGAGGGAGCACACGAUGCAGUAAUUCUCCACAACACUGUCCUCCUGAGGCCCCUUCUACGUUUGAUUCCAAGACCCUAAGUCUCUGUUAUGUAUGUCCCUUUCUGUCCCCCCAUUCACCCCAUGGGAAUUUCCACACUAAGCAGCCUCCCUGUAGGGCCACACGUCAUAGAAUAAUGGCCCUGAACAGCCUCAUGAGGGGCUGGUUUGCAUUGUUACAAAGCAAGGCCUUUUGUCGGGGUAGGAAGCUCUCUGGAGGUUUGAAUUCAAAUGUGGUCACAGAUAGCAUGUAUAUUUUGAACAAAAAUAAAAAUUUUAUAAAAACUUUGCAACAUCAAUGGUAUAAAAUCCACAUUAAAGAUUUUAGGCUAUAAACUACUUAAUUUCAUUAGGUAGAUUAAGCAAAUGAACCCCUUCUGAUGCCGAGGCAUACUUCAAAAAAGUGUAUCCUGGCUGCCUCUCCCCCUGCCUCACAAACACAAGGGCUAUUUUAUGGCAAGGUUUUACGUAUGCGUUUUUUCUUCAUAUUGGGAGCUGGGCGCACUGGCGUGAGCAGUGGCUUUUUGUUAGCAAUGUGCUUGCAUGUGUCUCCUGGUAUGCCAACCUUCUUUGGAUAGCAGUGGGAUGUACCACUUACUUUACACAUGUGUGUAGACAGGACAUGUGUGUGGCUACAUCUGGAACAGUGUGUGGGCUCUGUCUGCUGACCCCCCUGCCAGGAGUCUUCCGGGUGAGAUGUGGCAGGGUGAUCGUGUGGCUCUCUCUCUGCGUGUAGGCGUCUGUGUGAAGGACAGAACUUUCUUUCUGUAAAUAUCUUUUGAUAUCCAUUUGUGUAGACUCCAAAGAUGUCUUUGGAAAAAUGGGUCAAAGUUUCUGUUUUGUCGCUUGGUCUAAAUACCCAAAUAACUAAUCAGAAAUCCAGUUUGGUACAGAUGGAAUUUUCUUUUUCUUCUAAAUGAAAAGAAGCUGGGAAGAAUCAUAUUUUAAUGACAUUUUAUAUCAACGUUGCUUCAGUAUGUUGGAAUUGCCUGGCCUGUUGUCCCAGUCCUACAAGAGAAUGUGCCUGCUCUCUCCCCUGCGUCCCUCUGGGCUCCCAUUACCUGAGCUGCAGACUCAUAAUUAGGCUUACAUCCUGGCGUUGCCUCUCAGUGUGAUCUGCUGGAGCCAUUCUACCUCUAUGGGCCUUUGUCUGCGGACCAGGAGGUUAGACCAGACAAUCUGGAAGUCCCUGGUAGUACAUGUCCUACAGCCAUGGUUUACUUUCACUUUUCUGUGAUUACAACCCAAAUCAGACUUGAGCUGUGGCAACCGGAAGCUCGGGUGUCUGAGUCUGCCGUUAUUCGUUUGUAGGAGCCGUCAUCGUGAGUUAACACCUCAUUUCUGCUCCUGCUCUGUUUCCCUUGGUAAUCCCAUUUCCCCACAACUUCUCAGUCUUGUGCCCCUUGUGACUGUCCCACUCCAAAGCAAAAGAAGCAGUUCGUUUAUGGCACCUGCUUGGAAAAGUCUCAGAGUGAGUCUAAUGUGGAAAUUAUUUUAAAAUUUCAGUUCCCCUGAAGGUUGCCUCGGUGCCCACAUCAGUGCUGACAAAGAUAUCUGUCCUGGAAAGUCUGUCUUUGUCAUCGCAGACACCACAGCUGCUGAGUCUCACCCUGGGUCCUUAGAUCCCGUGAAGAGCUGCCAGGAGACUUGGGCAGAACAGAGGGUGGGUUAGAGACGUGUGCUUCUGCCUGUUAGGUAAAAACUCCCAGGUGGCAGGACAAGGUCCGUAUUGUUAAGUUAGUGGGUAAGACCGCCUACCUGAUGCCACCAGGGUUUUCUCUUGUCCACGAUUGCUUUUCAUUGGUGUAAUAAAGACCAUGACCAAAAGCACCGUGGGGAGGACAGGACUUACUGCACUGUAACUUACAGCCGCCAUGAAGGGCAGCCAGGGUAGAAACUCAAGGCAACAACCUGAAGAUAAGUACUGAGACAGAGACCAUGGAGGGCUGCGGCUCACUGGCUUGUUCCCAGUGGCUUGCUCAGCCUGCUUUCUUACACAACCUAGGGGAGGCGCCACCCACAGUGGGCUGGGCCCUUCCACAGCAAGCACUAAUGGGGGGAAAUAUCCCAUAGGCCUGCCCACAAGUUAAUCUUAUUGGAAGCAUUUUCUCAGUUCAGGUUCCCUCUUACCAGAUGACCAGAGCUUGGGUCAAAUUAACAAAAACAAAGAAAACUUAAUCAGCACAUCUACUCAAUAAAUCGUUCUUAGAGUUUGUGGAAGAUUUUGUAGCCCUAAAGGGUGGUGGGAUUUGGCCAGUCUAUACUCAGAUUGUCCUGCGUAUAUAAAAUGCAUACUAACAUUUGAAGGAUUGAAUAAACAGUAUGACUAUCUCAUAUCGAUUGCAAAUGAUGGGGGAUACAUGGGUUAAAUGUAACAGUAAUUUAAUAUUUAAAUUAGUUCCACUCCAUGGCCAUCUGUUCCUAGUGUGGCUCAUGAGACAUUUGGUUCCGUGGCUAAUGGCCCUUCCAUUAGUGCUCCACACUGUGAGGUGGGCAGUGAAAUCCCACGUGCAAGAGGAGAAUUUUACAGAGGCUCCAAAUGGAAGCAACAUAUUGGGAACACACAAGUCCCAAACAAGCCCCAGAAAUAAAAGCCUUUUCUGCUUUUUUAAAAAAAUACAUCUCCCCAGUUUAGCGACAAGAGUAGUGUAUCCGCAAUGGCCUUUCUUCACCCUUGCUUUGGAGCUGCCCUGUGGAUUAGUGCCUGCUUUCCCAGCAUCCUCAGGGUGCUGUGGAUGUGAGCUAUAGCAGGGGUUUGAGCAUACUGCCUUCUCCUCAGGCAACAUUCUCUUCUAUUCCCCUCCCUGGGUGUCGUGCGGUCUGUUCACAGCUGGGCAAGUGGGAAGGCUUCAGGGAGCUCAGUGCUCCUCAGCUUGGGCAGAGGCUGAGCCCGACCCGUGCCCGCCUGCCCAGCAUCUUUGCUGGUUGCCGGAAGACUUGGUAUUUAUUUAUUUUGCACUAGUCACGGUUGGUGUGGAAAUUACUUCAAGUGUUUGGGAGAGUACUCGCCUGUGAUGGGAAGAGAUGGAUAAUUUAUUGCUUUGAUAGUUUUAAAUUAA